CUCCUGGUCCUUAAAAACAUCAAGAGCAGCCACAGGUUUGAGGGUGUCUUGUCUUCUCGCUACAACUCCAACCAAAAGAAGGGAUACGAUGAUGGGCUUUGGGAACGUCUGGAGGGACUUCUGGAGUUACGAGACACCAAAAGUGAUGGUGGUGAAGAAUCCUAACCUGGGCAUCAUUUACAGGCUGGUCCAGCUUCUGAUCCUGGUUUAUUUCAUCUGGUAUGUCUUUAGCAACCAGAAGGGCUACCAGGAGUGUGAAACUGGUCCAGAGAACUCUGUCAUUACCAAAGUCAAGGGGGUGUCCUUCUCGGAGCGCAAAGUGUGGGAUGUGGAGGAAUAUGUGAAGCCCCCAGAGGGAGGCAGCGUCUUCAGCAUCAUCACCAGAGUUGAAGUGACCCCUUCGCAGACCCAAAAGACCUGUCCGGAGAACCUGAGGGCCUCCUGCACUUCUGACCACGAAUGUGCCACGGGUGAGGUGGAGGUGCUGGGGAAUGGAAUGAAGACAGGGCAUUGCGUCCCUUACAACAUCACCACGAAAACCUGCCAAGUUAUGGCCUGGUGUCCUGUGGAGAACGGAGCGACUUUCAGUGAGAGUUUGGCGACAAUGGCGCCAGAGUUCACCAUUCUGAUCAAGAACAGCAUCCAUUUCCCGCGCUUUCACUUCUCUAAAGAGAACAUCAAGGACAACAGCGACGGCUACCUGAGGAACUGCACUUUCAACGAAACCACAGACCUUUAUUGUCCCAUCUUCAAGCUGGGCUUUAUUGUGGCCCAGGCAGGCGAGAACUUUUCCGAACUGGCUCAAAAGGGCGGUGUGAUCGGAGUGAUCAUUAACUGGAAUUGCAACCUUGACCUGCCGGAUUCCGAGUGCAACCCCAGAUAUUCCUUCCGCAGGCUGGAUCCCAAAUGGACUCAGGUUUCUUCCGGCUACAAUUACCGAUUUGCAAAAUAUUAUCAGCAGGGCGGAAGAAGCACACGCACCUUGAUCAAAGCCUACGGAAUCCGCAUUGAUGUCUUAGUGCACGGACAGGCUGGGAAGUUUAGCCUGAUUCCCACCAUCAUCAACCUGGCCGCAGCCCUCACGUCCAUCGGAGUGGUGUCUUUCCUCUGUGACUGGAUAUUGCUGACUUUCAUGAAUAAGAACAAGGUGUACAGCGCCCGAAAGUUUGACCAGGUAUCCACGAGUCCCGAGGCCUCCGUGAAAAUUGAAUUCAGGGCCGCCAAUUUCAGCCCCCAAACUUUCUCCUUGGAAGACCUCAAAGACCCCCAACGCCCUACGAAGCCCUAGACUUGGUACUUGACGUCCAAUCUGCUUGGGUUAUUAUUUGCAUCCGAGGAAUAACAAGAGUUGGAAGGGACCUUGAAGGUCAUCUAGUCUGACACCCCUACCCCCCCGCCCAAGCGGGAGACCCUACUUCGCCUCUUCCAGGGAAAAGCUCCCUCCGCCAAUUGUUCUGUCAGAGCUGCCAGGGACGAAUUGUGGUCGUAAGGGGAGGCCUACCCGAGUUGGGAACUAGUCCACCUCAAGGAUACCGUCUCUGCGGGGGUUGGGGGAGGCUGCUGGGGGUUCGGGAGAACCUCUAGCUAAGAUUCUGUGCCUUUCGGAAAGCCCUCAAAUCCCACUCCUGGCUGGCCCCUCUCAUUCCUCCCCUCCCUGGAGUCCCCACCCAGCCCGUUUUGGAUGUAUGUAAGUGCAGGGCUCAGGGAGGGCAAAAAAUGGGCCUAUUGGAAGUUCGGGAAGGGCCUCCGGAGCCUGGGGAGGCUGUUUUCGCCCUCCCGGAGGCUCAAGAAAAGCCUCCGGAGCCCAGGGAGAGCAACCUGCCCGCCCCUGCCUAGGCCACACCCACCCUGGCCACGCCCACCCAGCAACUGGGCAGAGAACCAACCCCUUGCUUACAUUUUUGAAGCCCCACCCCUGCGUCUCUGUAUUCAAAGGGUCCGGAAACACCGCAAAUAAAUUACUCCGUUUCGUUUUAUUCCUUCGGAAUCAAAUCUCUCGUCUUUUGUUCCUUUUUCCCUGAGUGGGGAAAAGCUCAGCGGGCCAAGCCGAGCAGAAGCUAAUUGAAUCAGGCCAUUAACACAAUCUAAUUAGUUGCAAAGCAGGAACAGCCGGCUUCGGGGAAGCUCAAACACUCGGGACUUGCCUUUAUCUACUGUUUCAGAAAGGGUCAACGCCCCAACCCCACCCUACCCCACCCCCGGAAUGGGGAAAGCACUGUGGAGCCAGGCUGAUUGGGGUUGGGGUUGGCCAAGGCCCAAUGGCGAAGAGCCAACUGACGGCAGCGGGAUGGCACUUUGCAGGAAACGGAUACCGCAACCAGAAAAGGAAGAUCUGUCUUGAUUUGCGCAGCCAAAAGGGCUUCACUCUCGUCUGGAAGCGAACACGCAGGGUUAAAGCCCCGAAACUGAGCGUAGCUGGGACAAAACAACAACAACAACAACAAAACAACUUAUUGGCUCGUACGAUUGCUUCAAUUCAUUUUAUACCAAUGGCAAUAGCACUUAAGACUUAUAUAUACCGCUUUAAAGUAUAUUUCAGUGCCUCCCUUCUAACACUGAGGAUGUUACCUAGUUGGGCUCUGCAAGAAAACCAGCCAGCUCAGAGCGCGUGGAGGCCCCCACAGUCCUCCCUCUCCCCCGCUCCACAAACUGCACUCUUCUACCACUGAUGAUGUUCCCUAGCUGGGUCACGAAACGUCUGCAAGAAAACCAGCCAGCUCAGAGAACACCAAGGACCCCCCAGUCCUCCUCCUCCUAUCCCUCCUCCUCUC